AACAUGGACGCCCCCAUUGCAAAUUGUGUGUUCAAAAACUAAAUAGCUGUAAAAUGAACUCAGAAAUAAUACCACCAUCUCCAAAUUGGUAUUGCAGCAAGGCUACAGAUACUAAUAAAGAAGGAAUAUUUGUGUUUGCUGCUCGUCAUUCAGUUUGCUUGUUUAACGCUCAAAAAUCUCGUGCAGAAUUUGUAGGCCACUUGAUUGGGCACACAGAGCGAGUCGUUGGUGUAGCUUUUAGCAAGAAUGACGGACAGUCAAAUCUCUGUGCCUCCGUUAGUGAAGACCUAUCGGUCCGGGUUUGGGAUAUUAAGUCACUCUCAGAGUUACAUCGCCAUGAUUCUCAUAAGGAUAAACCAACAGCAAUGGACUGGUCUCCACUUGGAAAGGAUCUAAUAGUAACUGGAGAUGAGAAAGGAACUAUUCUUUGCUGGAAUUUCAUUGACAUGAAAGUGAAAUCUUUCACUCCAGAACAUGGCCACAUAUUCUGUCUCAGUUGCAGUCCACACAAUGUUGGAGAUGUUGUUGUUGGAUACAAAAGUGGAAUUGUAUUAGUUGUCAACAUUGGUAAGAGAGGUGGUAUCAUACAUAAGCUCAGAGGUCAUGAUGAUGAAGUACAUUGUGUUGUUUGGUGUCCAAUUCCAGGAGAAGACAUAACAAUUACGAAAGGAUCACCAGGUUCAGUACACAGUGAAGACCAGCAAACAUCUCCAAAUACAAAUGGGUGUCUUCUUGCUUCUUCAAGUCGGGAUAGAACCAUUCGCGUGUGGAAUAUGAGCCAGGGAAAAGCUGUCAUGACCCUUAGAUUACCAUCUAGAGUCGGUGGCUUUCGGGCUAGAGAGAAGAUAGAGGAGGACCCUAGGAGAAGCAGAGUGUGGUUGACCCUUUACUGGCCUAAGAAUGCACCACGACGUUUCAUAUCAAGUUCGCAUUCAGGGGACAUGCUGUCCUGGGACUUGUGUAAACCAGGUAAAAACAAAUGGGAUGUAUUUGGUCAGGCAGAUGGUGUCUGUCAUACACGGAUUGUGUUCAACAUCAGUUUUGGAGGCGAUCCUGCUUCAAAGACGUUUAUCACAACAUCAAUGGAUAGACAGAUAAUAAAAUGGAACAUGGACAGCUUGCAGUCUGAGUGGAAUAUGCCAUCUUUGGGUGGUUUUAUGUACUGUCUGGCCACUUCACCUCUAGACCCUGGACGACUAGCCAUAGGAUCUGGUGACAAUUUAAUCCGAGUCUGGAAUACGUCAUCUCUCGGCAAUCAGCAUGAUAUCACAACAUUUUGGCAAGGCAUCAAGUCAAAGGUCACGGCUUUGGCAUGGCAUCCUAAAAUUGAAGGGUGGUUGGCUUAUGGCACUGAUGAUGGCAGAGUUGGUAUACAUGAUGUGUUUGCCAACAGACCGCCUAGAUUGUCAAGUACCUAUCAUAAAAGGACUGUAUAUCGUGUUUGCUGGGGACCAGUGUGCUCAAAGACAAUUAAUAUUAAUCACAUUAUUUCAGAUACAAAUAGUAUCACGCACAUUCUACCACAAAGGACUGAGUUGUCAUGGAGACCAGAUGGUGAUGCUGUUGCAAUAGGCAAUGAAGAUGGAUCUAUUGAACUAUUCCAAGCACCAAAUCUUCUUCAAAUUUGCACCAUCUUUGCUCAACACAAGUUAAUUAACUGCCUGCAAUGGUUUCCUGAUUGUCGAAGUUCUAGCCAAUUGGAAUCAUCAGCUGAUCAAUCGAACCAAUCAGAGAAAAGUUUUUGGUUAGCCUCUGGAUCUAGUGAGCCAAUGAUUCAUGUUUAUGAUCUAAAGGGCUCCCUUAUUUGCAAAACAUUAAAACAGUGUAACAAACAAAUAACCAACAGUUUUUGUGUACUUCAUGGCCAUACAAUGAAAGUUACAGAUUUGUCAUGGAACCCUGCAAGAAAUGGAUAUCUUGCUUCAGCAUCUUAUGAUGGCACUGUACAAGUUUGGGAUGUUGUGAACAAGGGAAAGCCAAUUGCUAACUUCCGUGGUCAUUCUGGACGUGUGCUGGCUGUGGAGUGGAGUGUUUUAGAUGAAGAUUCCAUUUGCAGUGGAGGCGAUGACUUCACAUUAAUGAGGUGGAAUGUAUCGAAGCAACAACAUACUAACCCUCCAAAAAACAAGAAAGAAGCUCAGCAGAUGAUAUACUCCAGACCUAAAGGAAAAACAAAGCGCAAGAAAGAGAAAAAAGGGUUUGAAAAAAGUGAACAAAACACAAACAAGGAAGAAAGCAGUGUUUCAAAACCACCAAGUGAAAUGACAUUUGAUGAACUCCUUGAACAGCGGAAGAAAGAAAUUCUCCAGGAAAAGUUGGAGAGCGAGGAAAAUAUGAUGGCAGCAAAUCAAGAAGGACCACAAACAACCCUUAAUUCUUCAACUGUAGAGGGCAACAGACAAAUAGACCAGCAAGCACUAAAAGACAUCAGGGAUGGAAUUGGAGCCGGUGGUGACAUGUCAGGAAAACAUGCAGUGGAGCUCUUGACAUGUAAACCUAAAAAAACUGAUGGUAGAAAAAGGAGGAAGGUGAAGUCAUUGUUCCCUGUCAGUGGAAGUUUGGAUAACAGAGGCAAGACUUGCCUACAGGAAGACUGUAUUACGAUUGCUGAAAUGAAAUAUGGUGCUCCAGGUCGUAGUUCAUCAGACAUCCAGGCAGGUUCAGGUGAUCAUACUCAUCUGGGUCUGUUUGCCGGUCGAAGGGAAGUCUAUACAAUGUUCAGAGAAGAAGAAAAGUACCAUGUAGAUGCAGGCAACCCCGAGUCUUAUUACUGCUUGGAGCUUUGGAAAGGAAAUAUUGUAGGAGUACUCCACAAAGCAACUGAAAAACAACAACUCACAGACCACUUGGUGGCGAUGUCAACAUUAGGUGGUCAUGAUGUGUUCCUGGCGACUGCGGAAGCCUACGCUAAGCAACUUGUACAUUUGGAAUUCUAUUCCAAAGCAGUCAGUUACUACCUUGCCUGCCAUAAGGUGUAUGAGGCAAUUGAUGUUCUGUGUCAGCACAAGAGACACAGGGAAGCUUUAAGCUUAGCAUGUGUUCGUCUGUCACCGUCAGACCCAGUAUUACAUGAUUUGUACAAAGUUUGGGCCCAGACUUUAGAAUCAGACGGAAACUAUGAGCAAGCUGCUAAAUGCUAUAUGCAAAUUGGUGAGCCAGCCUCAGCUGUCCGACUUCUAGCAAGGAAGGGUGACAGACCAUCCCUGACAACUGCCCUCAAGGUUGCUACGAUUACAAACGAGAUGGAUGUGGCAACCAUGUUGAUUUCUUCUUUUGUUUUUGAAUGUUUACAGACUAAUGAUUGGACUGAAGCUCGAUCAGUUAUUGAAACAAUCAAAGAUAUGCAGCAUUUUGAAAUCCUAUUGGAUGUUCAUGAAAUUCUUGUGAAAUGCUUGCAAGAUGAUAAUUCAUUUAUCCUUGGUGAAUCAAAAAUCACAUUUACAGCAGUGGAUAUGUUAAAGUACAGUAAUGUGACUGAUUUCUCAAGGUGGCCCUUUUUUGAAAUAGAUGGCAGACCUUGUCUUCAAUCCAUCAUCCACAAGCUGCGUCACAAGAAGCAUGUUGGAGAUGACUUCUCCUGGCAAUCUGUGUAUGAUAAUCUCCUCAGGUGUCGACAAUCUAUCGGUGGAACUAUGAUGACUUCUCAGGUGUUAGUGCAAGUAGCUAUUGAUGUGACCUUAGGUCAGCUGUCAAUCAUGUUAGACUGUCCAUUGAAGGCUUCUGAGCAUUGGUUACAGGCGGUUACACUCUGCUACAAUGAUGGCUACUAUGAAAUUGCAAAAGUUAUAUUUGGACUCAUUUUCACAAAAGGUCAAAUGGAAAGCUAUGGUGGUUUUAGUCAAAAUUAUGAAGCAAUAGAAGAUUUAGAGGGCAGGUGCUUGUAUGGGUACUUUACUUGUUCUGUGCUCUACAAUGUUUGGUGGGGCUACAGCAUGUCUCAUCGUAACUCAAAUGCUACGGUGCUUGACAGUAAGCUUGAAGAAACCCAAACCAAAGAUGCAGUCAUCAUAUCCACAGACAAGUCAGGCCAGUACAUCCCAGAGAAACAGACAGACAUUGGAAGCUUGCUGUCAACAUUGUUUGAUAUUUCAAAUGUGUUAUUGUCAGGUCCUCAUUUUCAGUUGUGGAAAUUAAGAAAUGGUCUGAAAUAUAUCAAGGAGGCUGUUAGUAAGCUGCUUAGUAGACACAAUGAACAUUUAGUGGAUCCAUGUAGAGGAAUCCAGAAUGCUGACAUAAUAGAUGAUGCUAACAAUGGUUUAGAAAGUAGAAAACCAGUUGGUGAAUCUAAAGUUGACACAAGAAAUAUUUCACUAGAAGAGAAACUAACAUGUACUAAUAAUAUUGAAACUACACAAGAUGCAUGUAGUUCUCAGACAGCAAGCAAUUCUCAAGACUCUGAAAAGAAAUACAAUAAUCAGUCACAUGACAUUAACAUUAAUACAUCAUCAAAUCAAACUGAAACAAAAGGAGGUGGUGACCUGAUGGCGAGUACUGAAGCAGAAUUACAGACUAACCUGUCGACCAAUGACAACACUGAAGAGAAAUUAAAGAGUAAUAUGUCCAUCAAUCAGAAUGCUGAUGCAGAAUCACAGAGUAAUUUGUCUACCAAUCAGAACACUGAAAUAGUGCUACAGGAUAUUAAAAGGUAUGACCUGCCAGAAAAAUGGGAUGAUUACCCACUGGAUGAAAAGUAUGCACACCCUGCAGUUACAUUGGCAAUGCUAACAAAAGAGCAAGCAAAAAUUCUUGAUGCACUGGAAGGGAUACCAGAUAACAUGAAGGAACAUAGUUUCCCCUGUCCAAUGGAGGCUGCAAUGUUGCUGGUUUAUUUUUCUCAUCACUUGAGUCUUAAAUACAGAGCAAAUUCUGAAGUACAAAGACUGUGUCAAAAGGCCAUUCAACAAGGAGAGCAGUUUGCUGUCACCAAAAUGCAGAAGAAAUACUUUGAGAAAUACAGUAGAUUUAUUUUUUAACCAGAAAAUCUUUAUUUUUGAUAACUAAAGAGAACUAAGAGCUUUUAAUGAUUUUAAUGAUAGAGGUUAUGAUUUGAUUUGUAUACUGUCUUCAGUGGUAUAUUCAAUUCAAUUUCGUUGCAGUUAUGUUUUGCCAUUGCUUGCAUAUCUUAGCCAUUCCUUUUUUCCCCAUCAUUUGUUAUGCCAUCCGUCUGUCCUUAGCUCUUGAUAUAUUUGGUGCCAAUUAUUAUGUGAAGUCCCACCACAAGUAGGUUACAUGGUUGGAAAAAUCAAAGAUUGAGAUAACAUAUUUUAACUUUACAUUAUAAGCUUUAAUUUGGUCGUUCUAAGGAUAAGUAGAUCCAGAAAUGCAAGCAUUGUAAGUUAAGAUGUAUGGAAAUCUGGUCUUGAGAAAAUCAGUCUCAAUGUUACUAAAUUGUACAACUAUACGACUAGUAAGAAAAUUAACUCAAAUGGUAGCUAUCAUAAAAUAUAAGUACUAAAGUAUUUAAAAGAAAUUAUGAGUUACCCUUAACAAAGCAAAAGGUGAUGAAAAUCAAAAUAAUACUGUAACAACAGUAAUAAAAAAAAUUUCAGUAUUACAAUUAUUGAACAAUAAAAAAAAUAUUAAACAUUUGUUAAUUUGUAUUAUUAUAUUAUGCUUUGUUGAAAAAAAAAAUUCACUUUUUUUUGGGUGUAGCAUCAUUAAAACUCACACUAUAGAUUUCAAAAUAACAUUUCACUAUACAUGUGUGCAGGAUCAUAAGAUUAGAAAAAAAUAUCAAAUUUUCUUGAAAUAAUGAAAAAAUGAAUAUAUACUUAUUGGGUCAUGCUAACAGUUGGAAAAACUUCCAUCAACUAAUAUACUGUAGUUAUUGGUGAAUUCCAAGUUGACUCUGCUGUGCAUACAAAGUCUGGGUGUUUAUCACUAUCAUUUACUUAUAAAAAGCAUCUCUUCAGAGUUCUUGUCAUGUUUGGUACAAGUUAAUUUGUUGGACUUUUUGCACAUCGAUAAAUGAAUAUAAAAUGGUAAAAUAAAUUAAAAAGCAACCUGCACAACUGUACCAGAUAAAGCACUUGUUGCUAACUUGAA